AUGCUCCCCACAAACAAAUCUCACCUAAAAAAAAGCAAUAAUAAUGAUAAUAAUGAUAAUAAUGAUAAUAAUAAUAAUAAUGAUAAUAAUAAUAAUAAUAACAACAACAAGAAUAAUAAUAAAAAUACUAAUACUACUACUACUAAUAAUAAUAAUAAUAAUACGAGCAGCUAA